CUGGCUGUGAAAUCGCCCUUCUUCAAUCUGCCUUCACCAGCCAAACAGUCUCCUAGAUCGAAACGCGGCGCUGGUCUUGUAUCAACGAUCCCCUUUCCGCGACUUUCGGCUCCGAAAUUUGGUCUCAUUCAAGAAGAGUUUGCACACGAGCCGUUCUGGCUGCUUGUGGUAGUGACCUUCCUCGUCAAGACAGCUGGGACGCUGGCCAUCCCUACGUUUUACAAGGUCAAGGAACGCUUCCCAACACCCGAGGCUUUGGCCGACCCAGAAGCGACACCGACCAUUACGAGUAUGAUUCGUCAUCUGGGGCUUUCAGUUGUGCGGACAGCAGCGAUACAGCGGUAUGCUCGAGUCUGGCUCGAGAAGCCUCCAACAGGAGGGGUUGUUUACAGAGUGAAGAAUUACGACAAGAGAGAUUUCGAGGCAAGCGUACUUCGACCCGACGGCGAUGCCGGCCAAGGCUCGCCUGAAUUGCCGAAGAAUGAAGACGUCAACGAUGCAUGGGAAAUGGGUCACUUUACGCAAGGCAAAUAUGCCCUCGACAGUUGGCGAAUCUUCUGUCGCGACGAGCUUUUGGGGCGGGCCCAAGACUGGAACGGCAAAGGCGCAGCGCCCAAUCUCCAACCUGAGUGGAUGAGAGUGCGACCCGAUGACAAGGAGCUUCGGGCGUGUCUCCGCUGGAUGUGGAUGCGUGAAGGAUGGGAAUGGGAUCCCGUCACAGGUGAGAAGACAGUUCUUAGAGAUGAGAUGCGAAGGGCAGUGGAUGAAGAGCGCGUCGGAUACGAUGAUGCGGGAGGGUUGAAGAUUCUUGAUAAGCCGCGAUCAGCCUCGAGAUGA